CGGCGGCUGAGUCAGGCGCGGGACCUGGGUGCGGCACCAUGGGACCCCUGAGCCGGGAAACCUGGGCCCAGCGCCUGGGCGCCUUCCGGGCCAGCCCGUCCGCCUUCAUGGCCGGUCCCGAGGGUGAGGAUCUGGGUCGUGACCUGUUGAGCGAACUGAGAAGUGAGAAGCUGAGCGAACAGACCAAGGUUUCCUUGCUGGCUCUGAGCCUGGAGUACCCAGCCCAGCUGUGGCCGGACGCCGCUGCAGCCGAGGCAGCCGCCACCUCGUUGUUGGACACCCUGGUCCUUCUGCCCCCACGGCCCUCAGCCCUGCGGCGGCCCCUGCUGCUGGCGGCCACCACAGCCCUGGCGGCUGGAGACGCGCUGGGCCCCACCUCGGGAGCCUCCCGCCGGCUCCUGCCACUACUUCUUGGCUUGGCUUCGGGCCGCGAUCUGGGGCGAGGCUUUGGCCCCGCCUCAGAGCUGCGCCCCCUGCAGGCCACGGCGUGUGAGUGCCUGCGGGAGCUGGAGAGCUGCAAGCCUGGGCUGCUGGGGGGCUGCCUGGGGCUGCUUCGGCGCCUGCUGGGGCGGGAAGGCCCGGUCCAGCCGCUCAGCCUGCUGCUGGCAGUCGCUCUGCGCAACGCCUUGGUGAUACGGGCCAAGGCCAAGGCCGGCCUGCAGGGCCUGCUUGUGGCUGGAGAUGCGCCCACCACAGGUGGUCCCUGGAACUGGGCACUAGCUGAGGAGGGGGAUGCCCACGAGCAGCCCCAGGCACCCAGCUGGCCGGCGGCCGCGGACGAGGAGUGUGGCCUUGCAGUGCUGGAGCCCAGUCCUGAGGAGGCCCGGGAGCUGCGGGCUGCUGUGGCCCAGCUUCUGGACUCCUCCUACCUACUCACUCCUGUGGCUCAGGCCCAGCUUCUGUGGCUGCUGGGCUGGGCUCUGCGGGGUCUCCGGGGACAGCCGCCAGUGCUCUUCAAGCCACAGUUGGUACGGCUGCUGGGCACGGCCCAGCUGGCGCUCCUGCAUGCCGUGCUGGCACUCAAGGCGGCCUUUGGCGAAGCCCUGUUCACAGCCCAGGAUGAGGCCUUGCUGCUCCGCAGGCUCACCUUGGCGGCCCAGCACCCCGCCCUGCCCCUACCCGCCCACCUCUUUUAUCUGCAUUGCCUGCUGAGCUUCCCUGAGAACUGCCCUCUAGGCCCUGCCGGGGAGGAGGCCGCCCCCCUGCUGCUGGGGCCCCGGCUGGGCCGUGGCCUCCUGCCCAGUCUCCUCCAUGACCCGAUGGCUCUCCUGGCCCGCCUGCACCUGCUGUGCCUGCUCUGUGCCGAAGAUGAAGAAAAGGAGGAGAAAGGCCAGGACUGGAGCCCCCAGCAUUACCUAGGGGAGCUGCUGGCUGGCCUGCGCCAGAGGGCAGCCUUGGAUGGGGGCCCCCAGGCCUUGGCUGCUCUCUGCUUCCAGGCCUCCUACCUGGUCGUUCGCUGCCUAGCCACGCAACCUCUGGUGCUGACGCCCUUGACCCACGGGCUGGCCGAGCUAUACCGAGCCCGGCCUGCACUGGCUCCCCAUUUUGUGGAUCUCUUGGAUAAGGUGGGCCCUGAGCUGGGAGAGCCCCUGAGAGUGGUGCUGCGGCAGGAGGUGGUGUCCAGACCCGGCAGAGACGAGGCCCUUCGUUGGCACCUGAAGAUACUGGCGAAAGUGGCCGAUGGGAAUGCUCCAAGUGCCACCCUAGGCUUCCUGCGAGCUGCGGCGGCCCACUGCACAGACUGGGGCCUCCAGCAGGCUCUGCUGCGGGUCUGCCGGACCUCGAUGCGGGUGGGCGUCGGAGAAGGCCUGGCCGACUUGCUGCAGGCAUUGGCCAGGCGGCUGGAGGACCCUGAUGGACGGGACCAUGCCCGGCUCUACUACAUCCUCCUGGCCCACCUGGCGGGGCCCAAGCUAGGGGUGGCCCUGGGCCCCUCUCUGGCCGCACCCGCACUGACGUCCUCGCUGGUGGCCGAGAACCAGGGCUUUGCCGCCGUGCUGAUGGUGCAGGAGGCCCCGGCCCCAAUUCGGCUGCGUGUGGGGCCCCGCAGAGCAGCGGGCCCGGGCCCGGUGCUGCAGCUCCAGGUGGAGGUGCUGGAGCCCGUGUUCUCUCUCGAGCUGCGCUUCCGCGUGCAAGGCCAGCUGUACGCGCCGCUGGACGCGGUCCACGUGCCCUGCCUGCGCCCGGGCCGCCCCUGCCGCCCUCUGCUCCUGCCGCUGCAGCCCCGGCUCCCAGCUCCCACGCAGCUGGGCGUGCGCGCCCUGUACGCCACCCCCGCCGGCCUCACGUGCCACGCCCACCUGCCGCCCGUGCCCGUGAACUUCGAGGACCUUUUCCUGCCUUUCCCCCAGGUCCCCGAGGACGGGGACAAGCAGGGCUUCUUUGAGGAGCUCUGGGACUCCUGCCUGCCAAAGGGAGCCGAGAGUCGCCUCUGGUGCUCUCUUGGGCCGCAGGGGCUGGAGGCCUUGGUGUCCCGCCACCUGGAGCCCUUUGUGGUGGUGGCCCAGCCUCCCACCAGCUACCAUGUAGCCAUCCGCCUGCCCCCAGACUCGAGGCUGCUGCUGCGACUGGAGGCGGCCCAGGCGGACGGAGUGCCUGUGGCCCUGCGCACGGACGACUGGGCUGUGCUGCCUCUGGCCGGGGAUUACCUCCGUGGGCUCUCAGCCGCUGGCUGAACCCGGAGGCUAGGCCAGACCCUGAGACGGUCUUGCUCAGGAGGGGCCCUGAGGGCCAGAACACAGUCCU